AUGUUUCUAUCGAAUAGUACGUUAUAUAAAGUUAGUGUAUUACAUGCCAAUAAGAUUAUUCCAGUAUGUAUUGAUUUAUAUGACUGGAAAGCAACUAAAGAAGCUGUCAGACCACAUCUUACAACUCAAUUAUUACUUAAUAAUAGUGUCGUUGCUAUCCUUCAUUCCCUUUUAGAAGUUAAUUCCAAUGGUUCUGAUGCAUAUGAAAUAGCACGUGAUUUAGUUGAACGCGAAAUGUCUAGUUUGGCUGUUAAUGUAUCAGGUCAAGCAGCAGCAGCAGUUGAUGGCUUAACACGUGUAAUGACAAUGAAAUUAGGUCCUCAUUAA